GUAUUCGAUGCAUAUAAACACCGUGAAAUUAUGGAUGUCAUUGAACAAUAUAGAGAUGAUGUAAUUGCUUACGGUUACUUUACGACAGCUAAUUGCAAAACAGCACAAUUAAUUGCCAAUUCAACAUUCAAUUACCAUAAAAAUCCACCCACAAUCUAUGAUAAAUUCGUGUUAAAAGUGGCAAAAAUAAAAAACUCCCCCAUUUUGUUGGCGUUAAAAAAGCUUGGACCGUGCUAUACAAGCAAAAAUACCGAAAUUGGAAAAAGUGAAUGUAUGUUAUUCUUUCCGCCCGGUUAUAAAAACUCAUCGGAAACGGGAGAAAGUACACCAAUACCCACCGAUGAGAAGCCGAAAAAGAAAAAGAAAAAACGCAAAACCAAACAAGGUUCGGAUGAAGAGAACGAUAAUGAAAACAAUCAAGUGCAAAAUGUGGCACAAGCACCGGCCGAUGUUGAGCCGGAAGAUUGUACGGAACAAGACGACGAUGACAGUGCCGAGGACGAGGACAGUGCAGAGGGGCAUGAAAUGGAAAAUUUGCCCGAAACGUCUGACAAAUAA